AGUGUCAAAUGGUACCGUUCACACGAACACACGCAAUCAAAGAGAACAAAGGUCAAUUUUGUUUACAAAUAAUGAAAUAAUGGUCUAAAUAGUUAAAGUUCAACAAAGCUGUAAUAUGGCAAACGUAAACUUUUAUAAAUGAGAAGUAUGGCCGUGGGAAAUAUGCAAUGUCGUGGUGUUUGUGGGAAGUGAAACGAUGGAAAUUUUCAAAACGGAGUGUUGAAAUUUUUCGUGGUUGUUUGGUCCCUGCACGUGACUAUUCAUUUGUGGUAAAGUUACCAAGACCUAGAAUUGAUUCGUUUUGUGCAACAAGUAAAGUCCACCAAAAAAUUAUGGGUGUUUUGGACGUAGCAAAGAAAGCGGCUGCGUUCAAAGCCGUUGAUGAUUACGUCAAGGACAACGACAUAAUUGGAAUAGGGAGUGGCUCAACUAUUAUUUAUGCUGUGGAAAGGUUAGCUGAAAGAGUGGAGAAGGAGCGCUUGCGGCUGGUGUGCGUGCCGACAUCGUUCCAGGCAAAACAGCUGAUCCGGCAGUACAAGUUGACGCUCGGUGAACUGGACGCUCACCCAGAGUUGAAUUGUGUCAUUGAUGGUGCUGAUGAAGUGGACUCGAACAUGACUGUGAUUAAGGGUGGAGGUGGCUGCUUGACUCAAGAGAAGAUAGUAGCAUCAUGCACUGAUAGACUGAUAAUCAUUGCUGAUUACACGAAAAAAGUAAGCUAUUUGGGUGAGCAAUACACAAAAGGCGUACCCAUCGAAGUUAUCCCUUUAGCUUGGGUGCCUGUCAGAAGGAAGAUAGAGAAACUUAUGGGUGGCCAAGCUGAGCUCAGGAUGGCAAAAGUGAAAGCAGGCCCAGUGAUAACAGAUAAUGGUAAUUUUAUCCUAGAUUGGAAGUUUCCACCUUCAGAUUACAAUUGGAAAGAAGUCAAUGAGAAGCUUACAAUGAUUCCAGGCGUGGUGGAAACUGGGCUCUUUGUCAACAUGGCAAUACAAGUGCUGUAUGGCCUGUCAGAUGGGUCGGUUCAACGACACAUUCAAGACUGAAAUAUUUUCCGAAAAAAGUUUAAUUUUAUUUUUUAUAUUUGCGGUGUUGGGCAUGCAUGGUGAAAUUAAUUUUUACAGGGUCAAAUAGUUCAAUUUUAUUUCCACAUGACUUGCCAAAAGUUUAUAAGACUGAAACUAUGUUAAUUUAAAAGUUUUCUUUAAAUCAAAUUAUGUAUGAAUGCUAUUGUGUCUAGAGCUGGUUUCACCAUCAGAGAUCAGGGAUUAUCAGCUUGUUUAAGUACUAAAUUGUCUCAAUCAUCUGUCACUUAACUUUUCAGUGUUCACUGUGGACUGCAAAUUUUUCUCAGCUAAAGUUAAAAUAUAUAAACCUUUACAUGGUCUCUUUUACAUGAUAAACAUGUAACACAUUGACUAAAUAUUCUUGAUUUUGCCUAUUUUUAAUUCCUUAGUUCUUGUAUGUUGAACCAGCCCGUACGCUGCCUUGCACAGUCAGGUAAGAAAAAUCCAAACAAAAACUUUGCAGGUUAAUUAUCUGGAGAAAUAGUUUUCUUGCCUUAGUCAUUGACUGUACACGUAAGGCUAAGUUUUAACUUCUUUGAUUUGAGCAUUAGUAAAAAAAAUUAAAUUUUCUGAAGAGUGAUAAAUACAGUAAAUGUAUGUUUGUUUUAUGUAGUUUAAAAAUAUAAACAUAAGUGCCAUUCUAAAAGUGUGAAAUAUGUCUUAACUUGCCUAGUUUAAGUAUGAGUAGGUGGUUAAAUGCUGAUUGACAAAUUUGUAUGUACUAGGGGCCUAUCUAUUAAGAUUGUUUGUUUAUGGGUAUAGUUGGUUUUUAUGAUGUAAAUUGAUUUACAUCAGUAUUUUAAUUGAGUAGUUAACUGAAACUUAUUAAAGAUUAAUAAUAAAUUAUGAUUUCAUACAUUUUAGAAUUUUAGGUAAUGCCAUUGUCAAGGUAUUUUUAUGGAAUUGUAUAUAAAUCGCUUGGCAUAUUUGGUGAUUUGAUUGUAUUGGUAUAGUUUGUUGUGGUAAUUUGUUUUUGGGUAAUAAUUUUUUAAUUUUUCUAAUACCUAUUAGCUGUUUUUUGAACACUAGACUACAUCAGAAAGUAUGUCACCAUUUUUUGAAUGUUAUUUUAACAAAAAAGGUUCUUCAUAAAAACUUACUUUUAAAGCUACUUUCAGUGAAGUGACAGUAAAUUUCAUUCGUAAGAAGCCUUUUAUAUAAGCCUGGUGAAUGAAGUUUUAAAAUGUUCUUUUGUUGUGGUUUUUACAUGCAUAUUUUUGUAACCUUGACAUUUUUUCUAUGAGUGGGCCAUGUUUGAUGUAAUGUCUUGUUAUUUAAACUAGUAUAUGCUCUGCUGUAGUCAUUUUUUAAA